AUGGGUUUAGUGCAACUUGUCAACUGCCAAACGCAUCGAUCUGGAAACAUACUUGAUCUGAUCAUGAUCCGAAACAACGACAAAAUAGUGUUGUCCGAACCGACCGAAAAUUUUCAGAUAAGUGACCACUGUUUCAUUCAUACAUAUGUAUCUCUUCCUAAGCCAAAGAUAACACGGGAAAUCAGAAAAGUUAGAAAACUAAAGGACAUAGAUGAAACGCAAUUUCAGGCAGAUCUAAUCCAAUUCAACGAAAGUGCCAUCAAAUAUGAAAAUUUAGAAGAUACAGCAAAGUUUUACAAUUCAGAACUCAGAAAUAUUUUAGAUAAACACGCUCCGGAAAAAGAGAAAAUUGUUACCAUUCGACCUUCCCUACCAUGGUUUACAAAAGAAUCGCGUCUCCUUAAAACACGUUGCAGGUCAGCGGAACGAAAAUGGAGAGGAAACAAGACCCCGGAUAAUGACCACGCCUUCCGAUGUACUAAACGAGCCUACAGGAAAAAUCUCAGAUACAAUAGGUAUCAGCAUAUUAACUCAAACAUAGCCGAAUGUGGAAAUGAUUCUUCAAAAAUGUAUAAAUUAAUAUUUGGAUUGAUUGGCAGAAAAAACUGCAAUCCUAUGCCGCCUAACGCCAGCGAUGCAUCACUGGCGGAGGAAUUCAGUUCCUUCUUCAUGGAUAAAAUUUUAGCCAUUCGCAAAAGUUUAGACGAUUUUGAAAAAUUUGACCCAAACUUCGGACUUAAAUGCACACAAGAGUUUAAUACCUUUCAUCCUGUUUCAGAUGAGUAUGUUUUACGUGUGAUUAAAAGUUCUAAGCCCACUACCUGCCCAACUGACCCAAUCCCGUCAAAAUUAAUAAAACAAUUUUCUGAUGUGAUAUUGCCAACAAUUGUUUUCAUAGUUAAUAAAUCACUAACAUCUGGUUUAUUCGCUAAUGAAUGGAAAACUGCUAUAGUUCGACCCCUGUUGAAAAAAAGCGGUUUAGAUGUGAUUUUGAAAAACUACCGUCCUGUAAGUAAUUUAAGUUAUAUAUCAAAAAUUGUGGAAAAAUGUGCUCUGAACCAAUUUAUGAAAUAUCUGGAAUCAAACAGAUUACUACCUAGCUAUCAAAGUGCAUAUAGAAGAGGGUUCAGUACCCAAACAGCUCUCCUGAAACUGUCAUCAGACAUUCUGUGGAAAAUGGAAAAACAGGAAGUUACUGCCUUAGUCGCAUUGGAUCUCUCUGCUGCUUUCGACACAGUCGACCAUGCCAUACUUAGCAACGUGUUAGAAACUACUUUCGGAGUAUCUGAAGUGGCUCUUCAUUGGUUUCAAUCAUACCUUUCGUUCAGGAAAGCCGAAGUGCAUAUCAACGCGUCUAAAUCACAGCCUAGAUUUCUGAAUUUCUCGGUACCGCAAGGCAGCAUAUGCGGACCUGUGUUAUAUACCGUGUACGCGAGUACGCUUCAACAUUACAUCAAAGAUUCGGGUGUGUCAUUAUUAGGUUACGCAGAUGACCACUCUGCAUACGACAGUUUUAAUCCGAAGAGUUUCGCUGAUGAGAAACGUGUAACAACAAAUUUAGAAAAAGCGUUGGUUACCAUCAAUGACUGGAUGAAUCUGAACAAACUAAAACUUAACCCUAGUAAAACUGAAUUUUCCCUUGUCACUAGCCAUUUAGAUUAUGCAAAUAGUGUCUUGUAUGGAUUGCCAGAGUGUACCAUUAAAAGACUACAGUUGUUGCAAAAUCGUGCUGCAAAGCUUGUGUUGAAGCUGAGGUCUACGGAUAGUUCUACUGAAGCACUCAAACGACUACACUGGCUACCGUUAGUGAACAUUUAG